GCGGAGCUAAAACAUGGCUGCACACGAGAAAAUGCCAACAUAUCGGCUGCUGUUUACCAUCACAUUUGCUGCAUAUAGUAUUCAAGCUAGUCAGAUAUCAGAUUUAAAACUGUGUGCUGAUAAGAACUGCAAAGGAACAAUAUCCAGAGCCGCUGCAAUAGCACGGUACCCAGCAAGCUCACCCCUUCAUCUUUCAUUUAACAGGGAUGACAUUAUUGAGAUUAAAAGCAAGUCUGCUGGGAAUAGACCAGAACUUUGGAGUGGAGAAGUUAAUGGAAGAACAGGUUAUUUUCCUCGAGCAUUUGUUAAAGAGUUUGAAGUGUUUCAUGACUAUCCUACAUUUGAAGUUCCAACAGAGGAAAAUAAGUGGGUAAAACAGAAUCAAAAGAUACCAUUACCUACAUCUUCGUCAGAAACCCACAAUGCAGUCAGAUCAGCAGAGGAGAAAUUGGAGGUCAAGAAGGAGACUAUGUCCGAGAGUGAUGAAACUGAAAUUGAAGAAAACACUUUGACAGGAGACAGGGGUGCAGCAUCUGAGUCAGCAAUUUCAGGUGUAAAUCAGCCAGCUGCAGAUCUGCAAAGAGAAAAAAGAGCACAGGGUGAAGAUGAAACUGAGAUUGAGGAAGACAAUGCAGCUGGAAGACAUGAUCUUUUGCAAGACAUCAAAGAGCUGCAGAAGUCAUUCAUGAAGCUGAAUGAAAUGAAGCCAGAUACCAAAGUUUUUAACGAAUUCCUUGCUAAACGAUUUGGAACAGACCAAGGUGAUUCUGCCUCAAAACAAGAGAUGCAAGACACUAUACCACCACAGAAGAAUCUUACGAUUGACAAGUCUGAACAGGAAAAUGUGGCCUCAAAAUUUGCUCCUGAAGUUGUAGAAGCUGUUGAUGAUACAGAAGUUAAUGAAGAAUUUGAGUUACUUUAUAAAGUCACAGAUGGUCAAGAUAAGAGACCACCUAAGGCUGGUAAUGACAUUCAAGAUCAUAAGGAUAUUUACAAUACUGUGGCAGAUAUGAACCAAGAAAAGAAGGUGAAAAGUGAUAGUUCUUACAUUGAUGGUAUUACAGUCCUUGACGUAGAGGAAGCAGAAGAGAAUGAAGAUUCUGUGAUAGAUGAGUCGAUGGCCAAAGCAUUUUACACCUCCUUAGAUUCGGAGAUUGAAAGAACAUUGAUUGAUUUAGAUAAAGAAAAUGAAAAUGUUUUAGAUGUUGAAAGUAGCCCAGCUAUUUUGAAGACCAUUAAAGAAAAUGAACCUAUGGAGUUGAAAGAUUCAGGAGAUGAUAACCUUAAAGAGAUGGUGAAGAUAUUAAAUUCAGAAAGCCCAGAGACCAAAGAAGAGUUAAAAUCAGGUGAGCUGGAUAUAGAUGCUUUAGGAAACAAACUUGAGGAGCCAAACAUAGCUGUGACUGACACGCAAAGCAUUCAUGAAAAUUGGAAGAAUGAUCAGGAGACACUUGAGAUCCCUGGGGCAACUGCAAAAACUCUUGAAAAGAUGUCCGCAGAGAUAGAUAAAAGUGGGAGUGCCUUCACACCAUUAAAAGACAACAGACAUGCAGGUAUAAGAGAAACAACAGUUAGUGAUGUGUAUUUUGAGCCAGAAGAAAAACCCCUUUUAAAUGACGUUCUUGCUGAUGAAAGUAAUAUAGAUGUCAGUCAUUUACAUGCAGAAUCUGAUGCAAAAAGGACACAUGAGCAGCAUGGUACACCUGAACUUGGAAAUAAAAAUGAAAAGAAUUUAGUAGGCAAAGAUGAAUCAAGACAUGUUGAUCAAAAUCAGGUCAGAAAGGAACCUCUUGUGCAAAUUGUCAAGGGCCAUGAGCCAGUCAAUAUUGACCUUAUCCACUCUGUGGCACAAACCAGGAGUCCUAAUCUAGUCCUAGAAAGUAGUCAGGUAUUGCCUAACCAAGAGAGCCAGAUGGAAACACCCGGUCUGGAAGAUGUUUCCUCACAGCAUGGUUCAAAGGCAGUGGAAACCCAUAAAACAAAAGAAGCCUUCACUAUCUCUCCUGAACCAGAUGGGCAAAAGAUUUUAACGACAGUCAUGGAUGGAACAACUUUAUACCUUGAAGAUGAUGGGAUUUUGGAUUUGAUAUCAGAGUCCAAGGUUGUUACCGACUUUGGUGUGCCUGCAAGUACGGCCAUGAGUGUACCACCAGAUGAUAUGCCAGUAGUUGAAGUGGAACCUACUGUCUCAACAUUGACUGAAGAAAUACCUGGACAGGUGUCUCCAAACAUUCCAGCUCCUCAUGCUGUACACCUUGGGGCUAAACAAAACAUUGAAGGUAAUCAAAACAAAACAGACAGCACCCCUUCAGCUGGUUCUCCUGUGAAAUCAGAACAACUUGACAUAGCAGUUGAUGAGCGUCAACCCAGUCCAGGAGGGGAAAAGUACCACACAAAUGCUGAUUUCCUUGGCCGAAAAGUUUUGUCUGUAGAUCAGUCAGGUAAUCAAAGAGUGCCUGUCAGGGAGGAACGUAUUGAGACAGGUAAUAGUGAAGAAAUAAAGGGAGAGGCAACAGCACCCAGUGAAGUGAAUGGAGCUCAGCCUGGUUUUCGGGAAAGCUCUGUUGUACCUGAAACGCUGACCUCUGCCGGGACUCUGCCUUCCCAGAUUCUUCCCACUCCGCCUGCCAUGCCAGACUUUGCUGCAACAGCUGUGACAGAGUCACAGCCUGAACACAAGAAAGAGGAACAAAGACCUGAAUCUGCUGAUUCAGUGGAAGAUAAGACAGCUCCUCAACCUGUCCCAAACCUAGAUGCAGCUACUUAUCUUGAUGCUCAGUCUCCAGAUAGCAUCCCAUCAUUAGUCACUGGUGAUCAGAUCCCAUCACCACCAUCUGCAGACAAUGUCUAUGACCAGGAAAUCCAGGUACCAGAGGAACCCACAUUGGAGUCAGAUACAUACCAGAUGGAUGAUUACUACAGUCGCAAGAUCACUGAUGAAGAGAUUGCAAAAGCAGAGGAAGAACUAACAGCAUAUGCCUCUGAGUCAUCUUCUAGCUCUGUAAUGACCAUCUUAGAAGUGCAGUCCAAAGCCUUCAUUGAUAAGCUGCCCCCUUCUAUUCAGUCUCUUUUAGAGCAAGAACCAAUGGGAAUGUCCCCAGCUAUGACAGUUCUGGUUACCAUGACAACCUUUGUCAUCUUCUCAUUAACUCUGUGUUUCAGCUGUAUCUGUACUAGACCAAAGAAGUCGGGGAAGAAAGAUCCUUUGGUUGUAGUACGAGAGCUGGAGGAGAAGUUGCUGAUGGCAGUCAAAGAGAAGGAAAACCUGGAAGAUCUUGUUCAGGAACAUCAGUCCGAGGGAAAUCGACUUAAAGAUGAGCUGAAAGUUCUUCAGAUGUCAACUGGGUCUUCUCACACAGAGUUACAGAAUGUAAAGCUACACAAUGAGGCACUCAAAUCUCAAGUGACAACACUGCAGUCAGAGAUUACAGAACUCAAAGAUCAUAUGUCACAAAAGUCUGAUGAUGUGAAGGUUAAGGACAAAAAGACAAAAGAUCUGGAAAAAGUGAUCAAGAAACUGCAAGAAACCAUUAAAAAUUUAGAGCAGGAAAAUCGGAAGAAAGAAGAAGAUCGCCUCAAUCUUGAACAAGAGAACAAGGAAUCCAGCACCAAAAUCCAAAGUAUGACUGACCGAUUGCAAAAGUUAGAGACCAGCAAGCAGCAGCUUCUCUUAGAGGCAGAUGACUGGAAAGAAAAGGUUGAGGAAAUGAAGGAGCGCUUAGAACAGCUGGAGCUAGAAAACAAGCAGGCCCAAGAAUCGAUGUCUUUCAAAGACAAUGAACUAGAGGUGAUGAAGGAUUGCUACCUGCAGCUGAAGGCAUUUGAGAAAGAAAGUGUGGAUGGUGUUGAGGAAUUUGAUCCAGCAAGUACUUCUGACAUCCAGGAAAAAAUCCAGGCCAUGAUGGAUGUUUCAAGAGUGAAUGCAACCCUGAGAGCUGUUCAAGAGGAAAAAGACAGCCUUGAAAAUAAACUAAAGAUUGAAAAUGAUGCAAGGCAUGAACUAGAAGAACAAUUGGAAUGUGUUAGACGAGAGGCAGAGAGCUGCAUGGCUGACAAAAUGAAGGCAGAAAGACAGUGUCAGGAAGCACAAACAAAACUCUCUGUCUUAUCAGGAUAUUUCAAAGAGAAAGAACUACAGUUGCAGCGAGAGCUUGGUGAGCAUGAAGCUCUGAGAAAACAGAAUUUAUCAAAGCUGGACUCAGCUGAUGAAACUACUCGGAGCAUGCACAAGGAACUAGAGAUGUGCAAACAGCAAGUGGAGAGCUUAAAGCGAGAACUGGCUGCCUCAGAGCGUGACUUUAGGACACAAAUUGCAGCAAAUGAAAAGAAGGCUCAUGAAAACUGGCUGAAUGCACGUGCUGCGGAAAGAGAAUUAAAGGAAGCAAGGCAUGAGGCUGCAGUCCUGAGACAGAAGCUGACAGAGGUAGAGCGCAGGCAGAUGGGACCAGGAGGAUUGAUACGACCAUUACCAACACGUGUAAUGCCACUGCCAGGCAUGCUAAAUGGACCUCCUCCUCCACCUCCACCGCCUCAUCCGGGAAUGGAACGAUCUCCAUCCAGAGGUUCUCUCCCCAGCGGACCCCCUCUACCACCAUUUAGGGACGAUGACUUCAAUGUGUCACCUCGAGAUAGACAGCGGCUUCCACCAUCACAUCCUGCAUUGCACAUGCCACCACCCCCUGACAUUCGUCCCGCGGGACCCAGAAUGCCACCACCUGAAGCUAGGUCUCCACCUCCUCGAAUGCCUCCUCCUGAUGGACGGUCACCACCUCCACGGAUUCCUCCUCCUUACGACCGUAGAAGUCUCCCCCAUCCAAUGGAUCGUGCAAGUCCACCCUUACGAUUGCCUCCCCAAGAAAUGCGAGGGCAUUUGCCUCCUCACAUAAGAUCACCACCAAGAUCAGACUCCCCAAGAGAUGCAAGGCCAGGACCUUCUCCAUAUGGUCGUCCAGGACCCGGCUCUGAGAGAAGACAUCAGAGUCAAGUAUGAGAAUGUACUUUUAGGGCGUGCAUAAGUUUCUGGUCAUUUGAGCUGAAGUCAGCUGUCCAUUUAGUUUGCCAUAAGUGUCCUGUGUAUUUGACAGAAACUGUUACACCUGAAGGAUGAAAGUGAGAUGUUUGAGUAUUUCAUCAGUUGUGUUGUCACAACUGAGUUAGAAAUGUGUGAAUCAUGAUUGUAGUAGUAGAUUAAUUAUAAAGCUAUUUUAUCAAUAAAAUGUAUAUUUUGUGUCAUGUAAAGUUUAUUGUGUUCAUCCUGUAAAACUGAAAUGAAUAUUUUGGUGUGAAAGCUCAUCCAUGAUUCUUGCAUGUUAAUGACAACUGUUCCAAUGUUCUCUCAUAAAAAAAAAGGGGCAAAAAAGCCGUGCCUGAAAGGGAGCAGUGCCAUUUGGCUGCUGACCUACUUAACUGUACUCUAGCAGAGCCAGAAAAUAUGCUGUAACAUGGUCCUUUUGACUAUGACUAUUAUUGUUACGAUCACUUUGUAAGGGUGAAUGAAACUUUGUUAGAAACAUUACAUACAAUAACAUUGUUGCUUUGUUAGACACUUUAAGUGAUGAUGAACACUUUCAGUCUGUGAGUUGUCAACAAAUGUGAAUGCAUGUAUAAAGAAAGGAGAGGAAAAGAUAUCGCAGAUGUAUGGGUCAAUGUGAGGGAGAGAGGAAACCCUAUGUGCGCUCAUAUGUCAAGGAAAUGAAUUAUUUCAUUUGAACAGAUUUAGCUGAAACAUGAUAAAUUUAAAGUAUUUGUAACUGGGAUAAGGAUCCUUUGUGUUUUCACCUUGCAGUUCCUUUUGCAGCACAUAGAAUGGUGGAUAUGGUGUUUUAAAUGGAUUUAAGUGAAGUCUAGUCUGCUUAAAAAGCAUAGUAAGUAGUUGAUGCUGUGAUUAAUUACAUGAAUUCAUUUAUCAGUUUGGAUUUAGAAAUUGGUGCUAAUUGAAGGUGGAAAGCAGGAAAUAGAAUUUGAAUAUUAUGUCAGUUUAUCACCUGUCAAUUGUUCACAUACCUAUACUCUUAGAUUUCAAUAUGCAUUAUACUUGACAGUUUCUUGGGUGCCUGCAUAUUAUUUACCAUGUCUGAAAAAUCCACUACUUACCAGUGUGAAAGCUUGGUAAUUUUAGGAGAGGUGUCAUGAAAGUUUUAUUGUUAAGUAUAAAAGUAAAACUUGAUUUGUUAUCAAGCAAUGCUGACAAUAAAUGGGUACUCUUGUACUGUUCAUUUGUUAAAACAUACUGUAUUGUACUCUUACCUAUACAAAAGCCUUCUGGUGAGAUAUGAAUGAUUAAGUUUUUGCUCAUUCCUGCUAAACAUGGUCUUGAACUUCUCCAUUUAACACCAGUAAAUGGAUGCAUGCUUUAUUAAUCCAUCAUUGCAUCUAACAGGUCAAAAUAUCUAAUACAGAGUAACAGCUGCCUGCACCCUCAGUGAAAGGUCCUUUACAAAAAUACAGGGUAAAGUUAAAAUAUUUUUAGAUAUUAUUUUGAAUACUAAAUCAUCUGUAGGAUGCAGGGCAUUUAACUUCAAAGUAGAUAGUUUGGGGUACAUAAAUUGUGUCUGCAAACACACACAUAACCAUAUAGUCUCACUCAUGUAGGCAAUAACUUUGUAGUCUUUAAUAGCAGUUAUGUGUUCUUUUAAAAUCUGGUUGGUUGACUUCAUGUGUUUUAAUUUUGUUUUAUUUUUCUUAAAACAGUAUUCUGACUAAUGAGUUUGUAGGUCCGGUGGCGCAACGGUUAGCGCCUGUCACCAAUACAGUGAGGGUUGGCUGUCCUGGGUUCAGCUCUUGUCUAGGGCACGCUGUUCUUUCUCUGUAUGUGGCAUCUGUUUACAGGGCUGGCUGCCUUGCCGUGACAUAGCCUUAGUUGCUGGCUCAGCGUAAAACAUUGUUCCCUCCACCGAUUAGUUCAAGAUAUGAAGGGAUAAUGCCAAGUAUAAAUCCUCCAUCUACUCUUUACAAUUUUUACUGUGCAACACAUCACAAAACUAAGCAAUAAAAAUUAGAGUUUACUGUAUCCUUGGAGGUCUGAUCUUUUGGUGAAGUUUUUGACCUCAUGUACAGUAAACACAUCUAUGAACAUUUGCUCAGCUAAACUUCAGACCUGGUUUGAACAUGUGACGUUGGUAUACAUUUAGCAUGGUGAUGGUGAUGGUGGUGGUGGUGAUGGUAGUGGUCAUCUUCAUAGCAGAGUGGACUUCGCACAAUUUUUACAUUUAAACCAUCAUAGCCACUUUGUUUGGUUCUUCACACUGAGCAAUGGAAUGUCUUUCUUAAAUCUUACAUCAGGAGAGAAAUCCUUACCCUUGAUACAUUUCAUAAUGUUCUUUGGGGUUGUUUCUCUGCAUUAUUCUUUGUAAAUGAAAUUGUGUGCAGUGAAGUGAGCUAUAGAAAUUUUUGUGACCAUCAGGUCAUUGUCAUUUUUUUGUAACAAUGAACUUGUGCAAAGAUGCAGUUAUUUUUUAAUGAGUAAACAAUUUAGGAAUAUACAUGUACUACCCAGAACAAGUUUCUCUUGGAAUUCACUGUAAGCAUUUUGUUUGUAAGGUUUCUUUUGCAGCGUCUGCUGUCAUUUUUUAUGAGAUAAACAAGAUGUGCUGGAAGAAAAAACAUGAAGGCAAAUAAGUGGAAGCAGAAGGGAACUGCGACAACAACCAGAUCUCAGUAAAGAAAUUAAAUACACUGUACUGAAAAUUUGAAAGUAUUCUUUAAAAAAAAUUCAUUUCUAUUUAUUUUGUAAAUAAAGAACAGCAGCUUUAUUUUGUAU